CCAGCUGUGAUUUUUAGAACAUUCAAGAAUAUUUUGUGUAGGCCUACGCAGGAGUUUCGUAACGUAGUGAAACGUUCUAGCGAACUGAAUUCACGUAGUGCAAGUCCUUUUCUGACGAAUCGUGAGAUAAAAUCAACGUUUUAGCAAAACUUUGAACUCACCUCCUCUGCCUUGCAAAACCACUCCCCUCACGAAAUCCCACAUGCUUAAUGAAUCGGAGUAGCCUAUUUUCAUCACUUCGUGUAGUUGGAUUCGCCAAAGGAUACAGCGUAGAAAUCUUGGAUAAAACACAAGGAUUCUCUUAGAAUCAAAUAAAGUACAAAAAAAUGCCGAACUGGGGAGGAGGCAACAGAUGUGGCGCAUGCCAGGGGUUGGUAUAUCACGCCGAGGAGGUGCAAUGUGAUGGAAAGAGCUUCCACAAGUGCUGCUUCCUAUGCAUGGUCUGCCGGAAGGGUUUAGACAGCAACAAUGUGGCCAUCCACGACACCGAGAUAUACUGCAAGUCCUGUUAUGGGAAGAAGUAUGGACCUAAGGGCUAUGGCUACGGGCAGGGGGCUGGAACCCUCAACAUGGACCGCGGGGAGAGACUGGGCAUCAAACCAGAGCAGACCCAUACUCACAGACCGACCACCAACCCCAACCCCUCCAAAUUCGCCCAGAAGUUUGGGGGCUCUGAGAAGUGCGCUCGUUGCGGGGAGUCGGUUUACGCUGCGGAGAAGAUCGUGGGCGCUGGCAAGCCAUGGCAUAAGAACUGCUUCCGGUGUGCCAAAUGUGGGAAGAGCCUAGAGUCAACCACGCAGACAGAGAAAGAUGGCGAGAUCUACUGCAAAGCAUGUUAUGCAAAGAACUUUGGACCUAAAGGAUUUGGAUAUGGCCAAGGGGCUGGAGCCCUGGUGCACGCUCAGUGACAAACAACAUCCACACAGGACAAUCACGCCUUUGUACAUUUCUGACUGAAAAAACCCCACCGUACUCAAGUGCCUUUGCUUGUGAUUCUCAAAAGGGGGGGGCGCAAUAAAAACAAUUCCAAAAAACAG